AUGGAUGUUAUCCUGAUCGGGUCCCCACGGUCGAUGGGUUCGCAUAGGUCCACCAAUGGCAGACGCGGCGAGUACGUGAGGAUCCCAGAGGAGGUGGAGGUGGCAUCCAAGGGGGAGGGGGAUGCCAUGGUGCCUGUUAAGGCGGUCACGAUGGCGGAGUGCCCGAUGGUGCUGUGGUGCUACGUGAUCCGGUGGUGGGCCAAGGUCGCCGUGCUCGGGAUCAUCCUUGCUGGGGCCGUAGCUGCUGCGGUCUUCUUCCCCGGCCCACUCCUUAUCAAGAAGGCAUGGUGCUCUGGACCUCCAGUAGUGUAUGUGCUUUCACCAAAAGGUGGAUAG